CGACAACUCCGUCGACGAUCGGCCACGGCAGAAGGAGAUGGAACGCCAGUUCUUCGAGCAGGAGCGGCACGCGUUCGAGACGGGCGUCCUGGAAGUGUGGUUUGCGGGGUGACACUGCGACGUCGGUGGUGGGUCCGUGUCGAGCAACACGCGGCAUAGUCUAACGCGCAUCCCGCGGCGGUGAAUGGUGCACCAGUGCUUCCUCACCAACACCUGCAUCCGACUGCACGCCGAGCUCCUGCGCGGCAUCGGUCUCAACCCCGCAUCGCUCUAUCCCAUCGUGCACGACCGCCCUGAACCUCUGCUACACACCGAGGCGCACCCGCGCCCGUGCCCAACGGCACCACCCCAGGCGCGCCUGAGCGAAGAAGAAGAGGACCUCGCAGACGCGCUAAGCCCGGUAUACGACCAGCUUGCGCUCGCGCGCAGCUGGUGGGUGCUUGAGUUGCUGCUGAUGCGGCACCGCGUCCAGUGCGCCGUGGACGGCCGUUGGGAGACGGAGCUGUACGCCAACAUGGGCCGCGCGCGCGUCAUCCCGAAGCAGGAGACGUACCCGGUGUACGUGCACCGGAGCGUGAAGAUGCGGAUGGAGGCGGAGAAGACGGCGGGGCAAGUGUAUGAGCCGAGGGCGAGGUUCGAUGUCGAGCCGACGUGGGUGGCAUAGGGUCCUCGCGGGUGUGUAUAGGAGUGUGAGGUCGAGUUUUCCUCGCGACGGGUUUCGGGAUGAUUUUGUCGCAUUUCGCUGUUGUCGCUGCUCAAGAGUUUCUCUUUUACUGUAUAUUUUGAGGAUAACGGACUUGUUUGUAGCAUUACAGCCAUGUACGGCACCUGUUCCUGGCAUGCUCCUCACGAGCUAUAAAAUUAUGCUGC